CACGUGAUUAUGCAAAUGAGAAAAGGGUAUAAAUUAGCCGGCGAACAUGAAUGCGACCUCUUUCCUCAACUAAACACACGUGGGCUCAGAACUCGUACGGACGAUCAAGCAAAAUGCCCUCAUACAAAGUCGCGGACAUUGGUUUGGCCGAUUGGGGCCGUAAGUGCAUCGAAAUCGCCGAAAAUGAAAUGCCUGGAUUGAUGCAAAUGAGAGAAAAAUAUGGCAAGUCUAAGCCCCUGGCUGGAGCUCGGAUUGCUGGCUGUCUUCACAUGACCACACAAACCGCUGUUCUCAUCGAGACCCUCACAGCCCUCGGAGCAGAGGUCCAGUGGAGUAGCUGUAACAUCUUCUCCACCCAGGACUUUGCUGCAGCUGCCAUUGCCAAGACCGGAGUUCCUGUGUAUGCCUGGAAGGGCGAGACCGAUGAGGAAUACAUCUGGUGUAUUGAACAGACAUUGGUGUUUGCUGAUGGCAAGCCUCUAAACAUGAUCCUUGAUGAUGGUGGUGAUCUCACCAAUCUCGUCCACGAACGUUACCCACAGUACAUCGAGGGUAUUAAGGGCUUGUCAGAGGAGACGACCACAGGGGUACAUAAUCUCUACAGAAUGAUGAAGAACGGAAAACUGAAGAUUCCAGCCAUCAACGUCAAUGACUCAGUUACCAAGAGCAAGUUUGACAACUUGUACGGCUGCCGUGAAUCACUCGUCGAUGGCAUCAAGCGUGCAACAGAUGUCAUGUUGGCUGGUAAGGUCGCCAUGGUUGCUGGUUACGGAGAUGUUGGAAAAGGAUCUGCCCAUGCCCUCCGCGCCUUCGGUGCACGUGUACUAGUCUCAGAAAUCGAUCCCAUCAAUGCCCUCCAAGCUGCGAUGGAAGGUUUUGAAGUAACGACGAUAGAGGAAGGUCUGAAGAAAGCCAGAAUUUUUGUCACUGCUACUGGCUGUAAAGACAUCAUCCACGGUCAGAUGUUCGAACAGAUGCUGGAAGAUGCUGUUGUGUGCAAUAUUGGGCAUUUUGACUGCGAACUCGACGUUAAAUGGCUUAACGAAAACUGUGCCAAAAAAGAACAAAUCAAGCCCCAGGUCGACAGAUAUACACUUAAGAACGGGCGUCACCUCAUCCUGCUCGCUGAGGGUCGUCUCGUGAAUCUCGGCUGCGCCCAUGGACAUCCCAGCUUUGUCAUGUCAAACUCUUUCACCAAUCAAGUUCUCGCCCAGAUUGAGUUGUGGACCAAACAAUCAGAUUACAAAGUUGGCGUUCACCUUCUACCAAAGUCUUUGGACGAACAAGUAGCUGCUGCCCAUUUGGAACACUUGGGAGUGAAACUGACCAAGCUGUCCGAUGACCAGGCGGAAUACCUUGGAAUCCCACAACAAGGUCCCUUCAAGCCAGAAAUCUACAGAUACUAAGAUUUGAGAGCCAAUAAAAACAAUGUCCGUUUUAUAUGGUGGUGCACAUAGGCAGAAUUGUUGCUCAGUAACCAAACCUUUCACCCCUAUUUGCCUGAUUAAGAAGACCAAUCAAGAUCUAAGGAAGAGCUCAUUAAUUGGUUAUAGGGGUGACAAGGUUCUACAUGGUGAGAUUCUGGGAGAUUACAUAAGUCAUAUGUAUGGUGGUGAAGCCAAGCAUUAUUUUCCAUAUCAAGGAAAAAAACAUUUAUUAUCAAGUAAUUGAGAAUUCAGAAAUCCAAAUAGACUGUGUGUGUUUGUUGGUAAUGUUAUUUGUUACAGACUUUGUGUUUCUGAAUUCCCAAUGUUGAUGGAGCUGAAAGCUAAAACACAAGUCCAUUGUGUUACAAGCAGUAUGAAAUAAACUUCCAUAUUCCAUAAACAAGUCCAUUUGAAAUUAUUCGUCACUGGAAGGAAGUGAUUAUAAAUGAAUAUAUUUUAAACAGAUUUGUUUUCUAUCAUGUCGCCUUCAUGAGAAAAUAAAAAGAAAAAAACUC